AUGGUGCUGGUCUCAGUAUGUAUCAUAUUGCUGCUUGUGGUUUCAUUCUUGCAUUAUCGCGAAAGGCGUGCCGAUAAACACGAGCGACAGGCCCAGUCACAUCGA